AUGCCACCAAAAAGUGCCGGGAGGCAGACUGCCUCUCCCAAGUCUAGAUCGCGAGCGCCCCAAACCGGUCUUAUUGCAACUGAAGAUACAACACAGGAAAAACUUGGGGACCACUUCCUGGGAACCUUGAUAAUCGAUAUACGCCGCCUUGACCGGGUGUGGUCAGUUGAGCAAGGACGGAACCGAACAAUUUCUGACCGUCUAGUUCGCCAACUCGUCAGCGCGUUCCAACACGGAAUCCAACGAUAUUCUAAUCGCACACGACUUACUGUGACUGUUCGGAAGGAGGAGUUCGCAAGCAUUCUUCAGUCAUAUAUAGCAGAUGGCGUGACUUUGGAGGAUGUGGAAAAUAGAGUCAAAGUCAGUAGAGGCAGCGAGGGAUCGUUUAUUAGAUAUUCCGGGCUGGUUCGACCUGUUCUCCGAAAUGGUCAACAUCGCGUCGAGGCACUUCUUACGUUAUUAGAGGAACAGGCGAAACUUGCACAGCAAGGGGCAAAUGAUCAGUAUGGUAACGUAAUUCAAGCGCCUGAAGUCAAGGACUAUUGCUGGGCAAUCGACUUAUAUGCUAUUGAUGAUCUGGAUUCGAAUUUACUGGCCGCGCUCUGCGCGAAUAGUAAACCCGUCAGCCUUCAAAACUCCGAGGGUUAUACUGCAUAUUAUGUCAUAUCGAAAUGGAAUGUCCUGUCUGCCGAGGAUCAGCAGAAACUAACUUCAAGCAAGACCGAAUUUGACAGCUGGCUAUAUCAAACAUUUGGGAUCACCCCGGAUACCACCCCUCGAAUCAAGCCAAUUCUCCGUAAUGAUGCGUGGAAGAAUAGUUGUUUUCGUUACGUGUCGACUCGCUAUGGCGAGGCGACAUUUAAUUGGGCCUUGAUCACUAGAAUGUUGGGAACUCGACUUGAUUUCAUUUGGAUCGCCGAAUUCAAGAAGUACUUUCAUUUCAUGUCGAAGAUCCUUGGGGGAUCGGAAAACCUGCUGCACAAGAAUGAUUUUAUGAAGAUCUUCUCCCUUCCUGCUGGAAGACCCGACUUUCACUUACGUCUUCUAUUUUUUCCGAACACAUCUGAUUAUUGGGACGGGAAAACCCCGCAUAAACGCCCAUUUGCCCUCCCGGUUGAAUAUCGAUCGAAUAAGGCCCUGCCGAAACUGUCUAAACCAGUCCACGUUGGUGGAGCUAAUUUCGAACAUCGUCGGCCUGACUUCAUGGAUAUGUUGGAUGAGAAGCAAUACGUCAGGAUCUUCCAUGCACUUCGUGAUAACCGUGACUUGGAGUGUCCUAGUUGGUCGGAAUGGACCCAACUUGAGAAGCAUCCAGUCAAGCCAACUUGCCAGCUACUAAAGCAUAUUCUAACAUGGGUAGAACCAACAUGGAAGUUUCCUGAGCGGGCGAAUCACGCACUACAAUACUUUCAUUUUACAACAGAGGUUAAGCGACUCAUGCUUAAUGAGGAUACAGAUACAGAGAUUGCCCGGCAGUUCAUCCUGACAAUUCUUAAGGAGGUUAAACAGGAGACUAUGUGGAGAGACACCGUGGUCGAAACAGAGCUCAAGACAUUACCGACAAACUUACUGGAUGAGGGAAAAAAUGAAGACUAUCUACAACGAUUUACCAAGACUUGUUGGGCCAAUAUCGUCAACCUGGUGACCCACCAGAAAGCGGACUGCCUCAGGGGUGAUAUGGCUCAAUUCAACAAUAAAACAACCCUUCAAGACCAACUCCUGCCAACCCCAACAUGGGGAAAUAUCAUUGUUGACACUAAUUUUCGUGAUAACAUGAUGUUGCUCAAGACUCCAGCUCUUGACAACCCGUUGACCCGUGCUGCAUUUGCUGACGAGGGGGAUGUUUUUGGCGCUUUGAUCCACUACCGUGAAUUAAAGCGGAAAAUGCUCCUGACCCUUGAGUGGGGCUAUAUCAUACCGCUUGGAAAGAAUUCCCUUCGUCCGAAAAAUUUGAUCGCUUCUAUGGUUAGUAUCUACAUACUCUCUUUCUAA